CCCCUCUCCGUGGUGUUGCGCUGGUGUGAUACGUGCGGGACUCCUCACUGAGCCGUGGGGGACGUUUGGUGGUGCGUCCCUCACUGCUCGCUGAAGCGGCCACCACGCAUCGACGCAGACGCAGAGAGAAACCACACCAGUCACCCCACAGCCGGACACACCAUAACAAACGAACACAUCCAUCCAUCCAUCCACACGUCAUGACGCCACAGGCCCUCCCUGGCUCCUCGCUGCCUGGCUGCUGGGAAUUCUGUUGCCUUGUGCUGUGGUGGUGUAGUGUGUGUUGUCAGCUGUGCAGUGAGUGUCGCCGAAAGGGGCAGAGUCACUCCUUUACCAGCCAGCCAGCAUAGGCAAUAGGUAAAGGAGUGCAUGACACGCAAGCAGUCAGUCCAUGCACAGAAACAUGGAAGUCGGUUAUUGAUCAGGUUGUGAAGUUCCCACCGCACAGUCACACACACACACACAUGCACCCCAAUGAGCCGCAUGCACUGUUCCAUUCAUUCGCCCGUGUCUUGUGUGUCAGUCUGUGAUCGGUUCGACGGCCACCGCACACAGAGAGCGAUGAUGGACACUCACUGUGUGAGGUGGCGAUCGAGUCCAUGACAGUCAGCGCACCAACACACGAUGCACACCAAAACAAACCAACACAGAGAACCAAACAGACCACCCCAUCUCUCUCUCUCUCUCUCUGGCUCUCACACACGAGUACAUGAAACCCAUAGGAAGGAUUGUAGUCUGUCUGUCUGUCUGUCUGAUUGUGUGUCAGACAGACAGAAGCAGGCAUGCGUACGUGUAGCGUAGCGUGUGGGUGUAGUGAGGUCAAGUCACAUUCGCAUAUCAAUCAUUACCCCCCGUCAGACAGCACAGCCGGAGGGGACGGCUGUCUGAUUGGAUUGCCAUCCAUAUAUGCGUCACCCCAAUACACAGGCAGGCAAAACAACAAAUACAGCUUCCCUCCGGUGGCUGGACAUGGCCACGACCAGCCCACGCGCACCUCAUUGUGUGUGCAGGUACUUACGAAUUGCAUGGUAUGGCAUGGCGAGGGGGAAAAAGGCAAAACACGCCAUUGCCAUGCCAUACCAUGCAAUUCGUAAGUACCUGCACACACAAUAAGCUGGCCUUCCUUGCUGCCUGCCGCAGUGAGUGUGUACUGUCUGUCCGACGCGCACAAUCGAGCCAUUGACUGGUCAUCUCAUCACACCAACACGGAAAUGCCUCGCCUGUCUGCUUGCCUGCCUGCCUAUCUGUCUGUCCAUGUGGCCCGCUCGGCGAUGCAAUGCCCCUGUGCAUGAGUGAGUGAGUGAGUGAGUUCACACCCCGUGUGUGUGCACGCACGUGUGGUGUGAAUUCGAGUGUCCAUGCCGUUCCUAAGAAACCAAGGGCUGUGCGCCUCUCGAGGGGCUGGGCUGCAUAUACGUCUGUUCGCGAAGCAAGUAUACGUGUGUGUGCUGGUAGGCAGUGGGAAUAUCCACACAUUCACGCAGGGGAUACGGUAGUUCAAGACACCCAUCCAUCAUGCAAUUGCAAACCAGGCGAACGGACGGGCAGCCAUGAACAGACAGACAGACAGGCAGACAGACAGACAGACAGGCAGCCAGGCAGAGAAGAUACAUACAAUCGGCCAGCCAGGCCCUUUCACACCAAAGGAUGGAGAAUAAAGAGAGAGAUACAUCGUCAGUUGUCAGUCAAAUGCGAUUGACAGGCGGACUAAUUGGUCUGCCAUAAAAAACACACCACAUGGCCAUGCAUUCACGUCACACAGGAUUUCAUGAAUGAAAUGCACGCGAUUUCUGUGCGUUUGUGCGCGUGUACGCACUCGAGAAAAACAGCCCACCCCCCACCCACCCCCGCACCACACCGUCUCAAUCAAUCAAUCACGACAUCGCAGCUCACUAACCCCUCCCCUCCCAAUCAGCCAGCCAUGCACUGGACACAUCAGGCACAUACAGGCGCCCUUCAUCUGCCACGUUUGGCGGUGAGCGAAUUUCCCAACCAUCUGCUCGUUUCGCCUGUGACGGUGAAGUCACUGCCGAGCCGGGUGCCCCCAGCGAUGUGGUCACCCACAUCUGCUGCGGCCGGCCAUGUCGCAUCUAGUUGCUGCAGCCCUCUCAGGCUCUGGCAGAUCGCUGAGAGGCCCCAACGGAUGUGACUACCCGCAUCCUCCACACCCUCAGGCACUGAAGGGACACCACAGGACACACGCAGCCAGGGAUUCAUCAAGUGAGGAGAGAAACACCUGCUCAAACCUUCAUUCGGCUUACCAGUCAGGUUGAGUUCUACUUUGCCGAUGGUUGGCAGUCUGGCGGCAGCAUCCUGGUGAUCCACCAGCAGCCUCAGAUCUACGCCAUACAUCACCAACAUCUCCACCUCUCUGUCCCUCCCCAACCCCUCCAGCAGAUGAAUGCUGUCCGCGAACGGCACACCAUGGUCGACCACGAGCUUCUUGACCUUCUUGGGCAU